AAGUCCGUCCGGUGAAGAGGCAGAGAGACUGUGGGCUUUCACCGAGAGCGAAAGGGGGGGAAGCGUGGCACCCACGGCACCUUCAUUGCUCCGGACCCUCUCAUCCAAAAGACGGCUGAAGGUAUGCGGCGACAUACGGCUGUGGGACUUUGAAGAUCUGGACAACGGGCUGGGAAUUACCGAAAAGAAAUCGAGAGCAGCUACUGCGCGGAGCUGACGGUAUUCAGUGUGAACAGCUCAGCGCACAGGUUUUCCCUUGUGAUGCCUGGCAGAGUGAGGACAGUAAUACUGACUCGGCCAUUGUCUCAUCACUGGUUCCGGACACAGCGAGGCUCCCCGAGUGCCUUGCCUGUCCAUUGUGACUAGAAAAGAGACGAAAGAUCCAGCUUGUCUGCAUAAAGACCUAUUCAGCAUCAUUCUUCUUUGCCAGCCACCUUUGUUAUACCAGGAACAAGAGUGAAGUCUCAGCGCUAUCCUUAGCCCCUAGCCUUUCCCUCCGUCCUCUGUCCCUUUGCUUCUAACACCCUUAUCCCCAACCCACUUCCCUGAACCCCUUUCCCACUCCCCAGGCCCAGUUUCAGCCCCAUUCGGAGUCCCAGAUGACUGCUCAGAAACAUCCGUUACCCUCCCACUCCACACGAGCCUUCUUUCCUCUCCCUCCAGCCCCCGUGGCGCUUGGCACCGAUGCCCAUCACAUAGACAGAUGGAGCCAACCCUGACCCCUCUCUUCGCCCGUGGGGACGCCAAGAGAAUCAACGCCUGACUAGAGGAGAAGAGGUCAAAACGUAAUACGCACUGCAUUCCAGUCCGAGCUUCCCUGGAUGUCAACGCAUGCUUUUAUCUGCUGUAAGCUACCACGUUCUGCACUGCACCCUUGCCAAGCACUGAAACAUCCGCUUCGUUUUGGGGUUAUUGCACUUUCAUUCUCCCACCUGAGUCCCUGCACUUUUCUUUCUUCUUUUGUAUUUUUAAAAUAUGCAAAAUUUUGCCAACUUCACUUUCUUUGGAUGCUUUUGCUCUCUUCUAUCAAACUCUGCUGACCGGCACUCUGAUUAGCAUACGAUAUCCCGACAUCCAACUUUAAAAAGAACCCCUCAUCAACAGUAAAAUGAGGCACUAAUGGCCGGUGAAAUGAAUUCAGCUGGCCGACAUAACAGAGGCGGGAAUACCGGAGUCCCAAAGCUUCCCAGGUGACUGCUACCAACUGACACUUUAGUCGAUGUGUGGAUUCUUUGAUUCAGAAACUAAUGCAUUAAGGAUGACUGGGAUCUGCCUCUGUAUCCGGUGUUAACUACAAGAAAAACUACAAGAAACUCCAUGAAUUUUCAGGAAUGAUACAUCCAAACUAACUUUGUGGAACUUUUGAGUACAAACCAUUGUGGAUAAAAUACAAUACACUGAUCUCAGUAAUUUGUUUUGAACAUUUUUGGGGAAUUACAUUUACCUUCUUUUUAGAUUUACUAAUUUUGAGCAAAUUCCCCCAUAAAGCUUCUGGAAUCUCUUGCUUGUCCUGAUCGACCUGCAGUAACCUUUGGUAGAUUAAAGAAGGACCAACGUAACCCUGUGGAUUCUUUUUCCCUCAUUGUGGUGGUGGCAUCCUCCUUCAGCAGGCUGGGAGUACCACUAUAAUGCCGGAGCUGGACAACCUUCCCCCCGCGAGGGAAGCCAGGAGUCCUGAACUGGGCCUUAAUGGUCCAGCAGACCCAGCACAGAUUCAGCACAGCAUCCUAGAGGAACAAGUGGAGCUGUGGUGGUUCAGAGAUCCUGGAAAGUCUGUCCUCUGCUACUGCGUCGCUGUGAUUCUCAUCCUGGGUUGCGGACUCGGGGGCGUCGGCCUUCUUUCGACUACCACCAGCGUCUCGAGUGAGUGGCGGCUCGGCACGGGCACAGCUUUGUGCCUGCUAGCCUUGGGAGUCCUGCUCAAACAACUUCUCAGCUCAGCCGUGCAGGACAUGAAUUGCGUUCGGAGCCGACAGCGGAUCGACAUGCUAAAGAGCGGCGGUUUAUCCGACCUUCUAGUGGUUUUAAUUACCGGGCUGUCACUGUUGAUUUGUGGAGGGGUUCUACUGCGUCUGGCCCUUGCCAACCAUAUGCCAAAGCCUGGCCAAGCCCUUAAUGACAUGUACAUUUCUGGAGUGGUUUUGCUGGCUGGAGGUGGAGCUGCAGUUGUGGGUGUUGGGAUAUACUCUGUAGUGGUGAUCCUUCUUGAGAGGACGAGGCACGGACGGCGGUUUGUAGACCGGGUUUUGCACAUCUUCACUGUUUCAGGACAUAUGGACCGUCAUGCUCGAAGAGAGACUACCUCCAGUUUGGCUAACCUUAUAUGAGAUGCAACCCCAAUAAAGCUUUUUUUCGCCCACUGGCUCAACUAAAUUAGAACUGGCUUUAUGCCCAGACACAGAUUCAUACCAUACAUGCUUCCGCAGACUGUGUACGAGAUAAAAUAGUUGAGUGUGUAGUAUAUUCUUAGCGAACACGUUAGUUAUUGGCAGUCAGAUCUCUGUGAGUAAGGAUGCAAAAAUGGAAAAUGGCAGAAGAACUGAACACUGCUGUACAAGGUGAUGGUCAGCUUUUUAUCGAUAGUGGGUAAAUGUUACUCCAUUCUCACAGGACAAAUGCUAAACAGCAUGGAGAAGACACACAAAACAACAACAAAAAAAUAUUUAAGCCAAUUCUGUUAAAUUACAAGCACAAUUUUUAUCCCACAGGAGAAGCAAGCUGCAACUGAGAACAGCUAACCUACGGCGGGAGUAAAGUCCAUGAAUGAACUUUGAGCUAUUCCCUGUCUAUAAAUUCCAAGAACUGUAAGCCUACAACCAAACAAACCCAUCUUGUUCUCUAAAAGAUGAAGUAAUGUUUUUUUGAGGUCUCAUUUGGAGGGCGGCACAUUCAAAUUUAUGCAUGUGAUUUGCAUCUGUGAUCUGCUUUGUAAAAUUGACUAGGGACCACACAUCUGACCACUUCCUGCUCACUGAGGCUCUCGUAGUUGCGGAUGAGAGUGUCAUCUGAAUGGAUGAAAUGGAAAUUGAAUAAGAUGGAAUCUGCAAGAAAUGGGACAGUAUGAACAUGAACAAGUCCUAUUUAUAAUUUUUGAUUUAUAUCCCAUCCUCAUGAUCUUCGUGUAUAUGUGAAAAUAUUGCCUCUGCAAUUUCUGGAAUGAUGAAUACGAGGGAUUCUUUGGGAGUUUUAUUGCCUCGGUUUAAUAAUAAUUUAACAAAAUUCAUGCUGCGGAGAUAUAGUGUUUGUGGCAGCCUGUCAAAACAAAGACAAUGUGAUUGUUGGAGACUUGUAUCACAGCACUUUAGAAUGUAUGAAUAACUUGUGUUUUUUGUGCAUCAACACUGUACUGUCUUAAUUGUGACUCUUGCGGCGCUUUGUUAUCUUAAACCAGUGUUAAUCGAGAUUUUUGAUAUCGUCACGGCAUCGCAUUCCACUGUGUACUGUAAAACACUCACUUAAAAUAACGUGGAAGUCAUAAAGAACAACCCCCAA